CCUUCUUCACUGGGAGGGAUCGUAAAGUUCGAGCCUUUGUGAAAUUGAACACCCCAGAAGUGACAAUGCGCGGUCAAUUUAGGUCUUUCGCGAUGGAUUCUAGACGCGUUCUCGGUCUCCGGCGCUCGCGGGAUCGGAAAGGCGGAGCCUUUGCCGCCUGGACUGAGGCGUCCAGUUGUUCGAACUCUGUGUCUGAUUUUAUUUUCUCCGUUUUUGUUCCCAAGAUGUGAAAUUCUGUGCGCCCCUAUUUUGUUGUUUUGCAUUGGUGGCGGAUUGUGGUUGUUAGUAAUUUGUUGCACCGUCGAUGUGUUUCCUGUACGACGGAUUAUUUAAUGUGGUUGGGAAGAAUACAAGGACGAACAGUGCUGUUUGAUGUUCUUGCGAGCUACGUUUUGGUUGGUGCUGUAGCUCGAGAAGAUCUCGCCACUGACUCGUCGGUCUCCGCGGCUGUCAGUUAGCUUUCGAGAGCUACUCCGAUAGGAUGAUGGAGAAGGAUCAGAGGAAGGGCGCCAUGCCGGUGAAGAAGGGGUCAUCUGCCAACGCGGUCACCAAAGGCAUCACGAACAGAAUCCAGGCGAGGAGAGAGCGGAAGCUCGCACUGCAGCAAGACGUGGACAAGCUGAAGAAGAAGCUGCGGCACGAGGAGAACGUCCACCGAGCUCUCGAGAGGGCCUUCACGAGGCCGCUCGGCGCGCUGCCUCGCCUGCCGCCGUAUCUGCCAUCCCAAACACUAGCGCUUCUUGCGGAGGUAGCGGUGCUGGAAGAGGAGGUCGUCCGGCUCGAGGAACAGGUGGUCAAUUUCCGGCAAGGCCUCUACCAGGAGGCUAUAAUCUUCUCCUCCGCCAAGAACACGAGCCUCCCCGGCGGCGAGGGAUGCGUGCCGGCGCAGCUCAUGCCGUCGAGCCCUGUGCCGAACUCAGCGGUCGUACCGGUAACCAACGGUCGAGAUCAUCAUCAUCAUCAUCAUCCUACUGCUCGGCCGUCGUUGAACGGGGUCGUCGCUGGUGCAAGGCAGACGCCGAGAAAGCCUUCUCCUUCGGCGACGGCGGCGAUGGUGGAUGACCGCUCCGGCGCCGGAAAAGAGAACCAGUCGUGCAGCAACACGCCAGCCAGAAAUUGUCGCCACUCGCCGCUGCUGCAGAAGGCAUCUAAAUCCAGGUUGCCGGCAGCAGCGCCUGAGAAACGCAGGCCUGCUCAGACGAUUAGCACAGUCACAGUGCCUGACCGUAAAAGGGUUGCAGACGCUGGCAGCAAUAAUGCAGAUAAAGCUUCCCACGAUGACUCGAGCGUGCCGAACAGAUUGUCGGAGGAACUGUUGAGGUGCCUGCUUGCCAUCUUCUCGCAGAUGGGCUCAUCAUCAGCCGGGGGCCAAGACGAGGAGCAGGCAUUGUCUCCUUCGGUUUCAGGUUCUUGCGAGAGCUCAGAGGACGCCUACCCCCAAGAUCCCUAUGGCAUUCUGGAGUUCGGCACAAGGGACGUCGGGCCAUACAAGCGAUUCCAUGUGAUCGACGCCACUUCAUUCGAUCAGACGAUGCUGGAGAACGACACCAUCCUUGCCCGGAAACUCAAGGCUUUGCUCCGGAGGCUUUCAUCGACUGACCUGGUGGGGCUCUCCCAUCAGCAGAAGCUGGCAUUCUGGAUCAACAUCUACAAUUCUUGCAUGAUGAAUGCAUUUCUCGAGCAAGGGAUACCUACCACUCCUCAUAUGCUUGUGGCAAUGAUGCCGAAGGCGACAAUUAAUGUGGGUGGUCGCACCCACAGCGCCAUGUCGAUCGAGCAUUUCAUCCUGCGGCUGCCCUACAGCGUGAAGCAUGUGAAUCCUGGAGGAGGGAGCAAGGGCGACGACAUGACGAUGCGAGGCGUGUUCGGGCUGGAGUGGCCUGAACCGCUGGUCACCUUCGCGCUCUCCUGCGGCAGCUGGUCCUCCCCUGCCGUGAGGGUGUACACGGCGGGGCGAGUGGAGGAGGAGCUGGAGGCGGCGAAGAGGGACUACCUGCAGGCGGCGGUCGGGGUGUCGGCGCCGGCGGCGAAGCUGGCGAUCCCGAAGCUGCUGCACUGGUACCUCCUCGACUUCGCCAAGGAUGUGGACUCCCUCAUUGACUGGGUGUGCCUCCAGCUGCCGAGCGAGCUGCGGCGGAAGGCGAUGGGGAUCGUGGAGGACGGCAGGGGUGUCGCCGCCGAGUCACGGCGCGUGCACGUCCUGCCGUACGAGUUCAGAUUCGGGUACCUGCUGGCCUCAUGAAGCAGAAGCAAAGCAAGGUAUAACGUAAAUUCGAGGUGUUUUACUGCACCUUGUACACAGGCCUCCAAUAAUUGUCAGAUUGUUCUUCGGUGAUGUGAAUGAAUGAACGAAAGGGAAGUAUAAAAAAGGUGUUUCUAC